AUGACAUCUAUAUUAGAUGUCAACAAUGCUUUUUUACAUGGGGAUCUCCAUGAGGAUGUCUACAUGCAACUUCCUCCUGAUGAUAUCGUUCUCACUAGCAAUGAUUUCCAAAAAAUACAAUUUGUUAAGUCUUUUCUCCCUUCCCAAUUUCGAAUCAAAGACUUGGGCUCUCUCAAAUAUUUUCUUGGGCUUGCAGUUGCUCAAUCAUCAAAGGGUAUUUCUCAUCCUCCUCCCCCUCUCCAGUUGUCUGCUUUCAGUGAGAGUAAUUGGAUUGCCUUCCCCGAUUACAAAAAAUCCACCACUAGUUUGCUCGUCUUCGUUGGGUCUUCACUUAUCUCAUGGAAAUCCAAAAAGCAAACGGUUAUUUCUCAUUCUUCUUCAAAAGCGGAAUACCGCACUUUGGCACACACUAUUUGA